AUGCUCCGGCUCAAGUAUCUGCUUCGAAGUCCUCAAGCACGUCCGUCUCUCCUCCGUUUCACCCACACCGGUGCCCGUGCCAACUUCUCGCCAAAUGUUCGACGCGUAAGGUUCAGGCGGCCUUGGGUCAGGUCCUUGAUUUCCAAAUGUUUGCUCUACGGCACCGCCUUUCACCUAUGGAGCACAUUCGUGCUGGUCCAGUUUGACGACGACAAGGACGAAGAUGCAGCCGCUGUAUCUAGUCCCGAUGAAACGGCUGCGUAUCAAGGCCCCGCCGAGGGUGCCGAGAGUGCGGGGAAAGAAUCGGUCGAUGAAGAUGCGCUAUUCAUUCCGCUUGCCUGGUCUCGGUUGCAGAAAGGCGAGCUCUAUGCUACAUCCGAUCCUGAAUGGCAGCAGUUCGUGAAAUUGUCCAAAGAUCGGGAGAAACUCCAAGCGCUCAGAGACGAACUCGCCAACAUUGUCCUCACAAGUGCAGGUGAUCAGAUGUCAAAGAUCCUCGGAGAUCCUCUGGCCUUAACAGGGUUUUGGCUAGUACAUCAAUUUCCGACCCGUGCCCCGCCUGGAUAUGUGCGAUCGGGACUUGAGAUAGCGAAUGGGAGCAUAUCUUGGGUUUCAAAGCCGAUGGACCCUGACAUGGGGGAUCGGUUGCAAAUGUUUAUGAAACCGAUCCACGUGGUUCUCGCCAUCAGAGAUGCAUAUCUGGUUUUACUUCUAAGACAAGUCGAGCGCUUCCAGAAUCCCACCGGGGCAGAAAAUGCCUCGGGAAUUCCCACCCAUCCAAGUGCCCCAGAAGAGGGUCAAGGGAAGUGGAAUGGGGAACAGGAACAACCGAAUCUCCAAUCACCUUCGACCGAUGGCCUCAGAGAAAAUAUGCCACCCAACACCGAGAAUACCAACUAUCACCCCUCAGCCCUCAUAUCUCUAUUGCAACGGAUACCUCUCCCCGAUCUCGGUCCUGGGUCGGAUUUGCACUUGGCAUCCCAGGCCUUCAAGCUACGGCUCAACAAUGAACGGGCCCAAGACCCGGGAACGCCUCGUCGGGGUGCUUUCUUCAUCACUGGCCCAGUUGGAUUGAAGGGACCCAACGGAUUCUGUCGAUUUGAGGUCCGUGGCGAGUUUGAUCCGGCUAAGCGUGAAUGGCGGACGGUGGAGAUGGAACUGAAAGAUCUGAAUAUGCGAAGACAGAGAGCGAUGGGCAAUUGA